AGUGCUCCUAGGGCAAAAGCUGCUGUAAACGCAAAAAAUGGUCACAUCAAAUGUUGAUUUCAUUUAGUUAAUAGAAGUGAACAAGAGAGUGCAAAGUCCAGAUGGCGAUCGUCCUAACAUGUCAGAGAUGAAUCUGGUUGUGUGUGGGAGUGACGAGACAAUAAAAUCCUCCAUAUCAGAGCUGAUCCGGCAGCAGACAGACAGAAGAUCAGACGUGGAUCUUCAUGGUCGUCUGAUCAAUCUGGUGGAGCUUCCAGCUCUGAUUCAUCUCUCAGAGGAGGAAGUGAUGCGUCAGACUCUCCGCUGUGUGUCUCUCUGUCAUCCUGGAGUUCAUGUUUUCAUCAUCAUUAUUCCUGUUGGUCCACUCAUCAGUGAAGACAAAGCAGAAAUAGAGACGAUCCAGAAGAUAUUUGACUCCAGAGAGCAUUUUGUUCUGCUCUUUUCCACUAAUCUCUCUGUUGAAGGACUUGCAACAGAGUUUGUCGAAUCCAACACAGAAUGUCAGAGGUUAAUCAGCCAUUGUGGAGGUCAUUACAGACUGAUGGGGUUAAAGGAACCUGUAAACUCCCGACAGAUCCCAGAACUGCUGGAUUAUAUAGAGAACAUGAAGACUGAACCCUAUUCAGUUCAGACGUAUGUGAGAACUCAAGUGAACAGAGUCAGACAUGAACUGGAGGAACAACACAAGAAAGAACUGAAGACACUGGAAGAUCAAAUCAAAGAAUUAAAGCAGAAGAUUCAGUCAGACGGAGCUGAAGAUGAUCUGAAGUGUCUAAGGAUUGUGCUGAUCGGGAGGACAGGAAAUGGAAAGAGUGCAACAGGAAACACUAUUCUGGGAAGAGAGGAGUUUGAGAGUGAAUUAAGCACAGAUUCACUGACGACUGUUUGUCAGAAAGGAGUCGGUGAAGUCGAUGGUCGAUCAGUAGCUGUUAUUGAUACUCCAGGACUCUUUGACAUGACACUGACAAAUGAACAAGCAGUGGAAGAAAUAAUGAAAUGUGUUUCACUGUCGUCACCUGGACCUCAUGUGUUUGUCAUUGUGUUGAGUUUGGGACGAUUCACAAAUGAAGAAACAGACACUGUGGAUCUGAUAAAGAAGAUCUUUGGUCAUAAAGCUGCUCAGUUCAGUAUCGUUCUGUUCACUAGAGGAGACGAACUUCAGGAGUCCAUAGAGGAUUAUGUGAAGAGGAGUAAGUCUGCACAACUCCAGAAACUGAUCAAAGAUUGUGGAAACAGAUUCCUGGUUUUCAAUAACAGAGAAAAACAGGAUAAAACUCAAGUGAUUCAACUGUUAAACAUGAUAGAAGAGGUUACAAAUGAGGGUCGAUACUUCACUAACAGCAUGUUUGAGGAGGCAGAGAUGUCCAUUAAAAAGAGAAUGGAGAGAAUAAUAAAAGAGAGAGAAAGAGAAAUUCAGACUCAAAAAGAUGAGUUACAAGCCAAAUAUGAGACAGAAAUGGAAGAGCUCAAGAAGAGACUCAAGGAAGAGAAAAGAAAAGCAAAUGAGGAGAGAAAACAAAGAGAGAAUGAGUUCAGACAAAAAGAGGAAAAACUGAAAAAAGAGUUUGAGGAAAAAGAGAAAACAGAACAGAAAAAACGAGAGACUGAAAACCAGAAACGAUCAGAAGAGGAAAAACAGCAAAGAGCUGAAUAUGACAGAGAAAUGGAAAAGAUGAAGAGAGAGAUUGAAAAUCAGAGAUUACAGUUUGAAAAACAGCAAAAAGAAAGAGAAGAAGCAGAUAGAAAGAGAGAAGAGAAAUACAGACAAGAGCAAGAAAAGAUGAAACAUGAGAAUGAAUGUGCCAUGGCAGAAUUAAAAAAGAAACAAGAAGAAGAAACUAAAAAGAGAGAUUUGAUGGAGAAAAGGAGGAAUAAAGACAAAGAGAAAGAAAGACAGAGAUGGGAAAGAAAAAUAAAAGAGGCAGAAAAUGAGAAAAAAGAGACUCAAGAGGAAAUUAAACGACAGCAGAGAGAAUGGGAGGAUGAAAUUAAAAGACAGACGAAAGAACGAGAGGAAGAAGAAAGAAAAAUAAAAGAACAACAUGAGAAACAACUGAGAGAAAAACAAGAAGAACUGAAGAAAAAUAGAGAGAAAUUUGAAAGAGAGAGAGAAGAAGAAAGAAAGCAUACAGAGGAUGAGAGACAGAGACAGAAAAGAGAAAGAGAAGAAAAAGAGAUGGAAUAUGAAGAAAAUAAACAGAAAAUGAAAAGGCAUUAUGAGCAACUGGAGCGAGAAAGAAAAGAGGAGUGGGAGAGAAGAAAACAAGAAGAUGAUGAGAAACAAGAAGAAGAGAGAACGAGAUGGAAGAAAAUGAUUGAAGAUCUGAAACAAGAGCAAGAAAAAGAGAAAAAGAAAAGAGAAAAGGAGGAGAAGAAGAGAAAAGAAAGAGAAGAGAAAGAGAAAGAUGAAAUAACACAGAAUUAUGAUGAGGAAAUAAGAGCCAUCAAGAAGAAACAUGACGAUGAAGCCAGAAAACAAGCAGAAGAACUGAAUAAAAUGAAAAGAAAAGUAUAUGUACAUGCCAUGAUGUCUUCAAAAGCAGCAUCCUGGAGUAAAGCAUCACCUCAGACAUCCAUGAACAAGAUUCAUGAGGACAAAGAGUCAUCUGAGUGA